AUAGACUGGAAGCCUAACAUUUGUCCAGACCUAAAAAUGGCUCAGAAACCAGUCUGUGUUGAAGACUUUGAACAGAUUGCUAAACAAAUUCUUUCAAAACCUGUGUAUGAUUAUUACCGCUCUGGAGCUGGGAACCAGCAGACCUUAGCAGACAAUGUGUCUGCAUUUUCAAGAUGGACACUAAACCCACGAGUACUCAGAGAUGUGUCUGUGCUAGACACAUCAACAACAGUCUUGGGACAGCGAAUUAGCAUGCCGAUCUGUGUUGCUCCUACAGCUAUGCAACGCAUGGCUCAUCCUGCUGGAGAAACUGCGACUGUAAGAGCUUGCAGAUCCCAAGGAACAGGAAUGAUCCUCAGUACCUGGGCAACAUCGUCAAUUGAGGAAGUUGCAGAAGCUGCUCCUGAUGCCGUUCGCUGGCUGCAGCUUUACAUCUACAAAGACCGAGAAGUCACAAAAUCUUUGGUGCUAAGAGCAGAGCAAGCAGGAUUUAAAGGGAUCUUCCUCACUGUGGACACUCCGUACCUUGGAAGACGUUUUGAUGAUGUUCGAAAUAGAUUCAAACUCCCUCCUCAUCUCAGUAUGAAAAACUUUAAGUCAUUUGAUCUGGCAUUUUCUAAGAGUGGCUAUGGAGAAGACAGUGGCCUUGCUGUGUAUGUUGCUGAGUCCAUAGAUCCAUCAAUCAAGUGGGAAGAUAUCAGCUGGCUGAAGAGUGUGACUUCAUUACCAAUUGUUGCUAAAGGCAUUUUAAGAGCUGAUGAUGCCCGAAAGGCAGUUCAGUGUGGAGUAGAUGGGAUUCUUGUGUCUAAUCAUGGAGCGCGGCAGCUAGAUGGUGUGUCGGCAACAAUUGAAGCCUUGCCAGAAAUCAUUGAAGCAACUGAAGGCAAAGUUGAAGUAUUCCUGGAUGGAGGGGUAAGAAAUGGUGCCGAUGCCCUGAAAGCUCUGGCACUUGGUGCAAGAGCUGUAUUUGUGGGACGACCUGCAGUUUGGGGACUAGCUUAUAAGGGAGAAGAAGGUGUGCAUGAAGUACUCCAGAUACUUAAAGAUGAAUUCAGAUUGGCAAUGGCUCUUUCUGGAUGUUCCAAUGUGGAAGAAAUAGACAAGUCACUGGUGAGGAGAAAUCCAUGGCCAUUUUCCAAGCUCUAGUAAUUGGGUGGAACACUCAUCUGUCAUGUGUAAAGAUGUAUGCUAUCCAUUUAAUAAUGAUAAGAACAAGUUCCAUUAAGAAUAGUCUGUAGCUGGUCAAAUGCAAUGUGCAACACUCGCAUUAUUUUUUUGAAACAUAUUCUUCUGAUGUACUUCUGAGUUGUUUUCUAUGAUAAUUUUGAGGCCUGUGGUAUAACUCAUCUUCAAAUGGAUUAAAACAAAUAGUGUAAACUUUCAUAUUUUAACCUCAAUAGUGUUGAAAUCUAAUGUAAAAGAUGGUUAAAUGACCAGUAAGCUUAACAUUGUAUUGAAAAUAACAGAUCCUCAUCUGUUUACCUGUUUGUUCAUUGAUAUUAAAGUUAUCAUAAAUAAACUUUCCAAGCUGA